ACAACGAAAAGAAGAUUUUGACUAUUUAUAUGGCCUUUCAGUUGUAUUACCUGCACUUGAGCAAAAACGAAGAAAAUUCUAUCGAUUAUUUAUUCAAGAAGGAAUUCUUUUCCGUAGAAAAGAAAGUAGAACUAUACCUGAAAAGAUUAAAUCAUUAGCAGAUGAAGCGAAUAUUCCAAUUAUUGAAACGACUAAAGAUGAAUUGAAUAAAUUGUUAAAAGAUGAUAGACCACAUCAGGGAAUUAUCUUAAAAGCUUCAAAACUUGAACCUAUAAAAAUUAAGCAUCUUGGGAAAAUAUACAAUAAUACAGUUUAUGUUAAUUAUAAGCUUCAAACAAUUGUUAGAUAUCAAGUCAUUAAACCAUUUAAUUCCUUCAUGACUCUUAAUUUUUCACCAAAUGGAAAUCGGCCUUUUUGGCUCGCACUUGAUCAAGUCGUUGACCCACAAAAUUUAGGUGCUAUUAUUAGUGCACCGUUAUCCGCGGUUACAACUAAAGCAAGUUCCGGUGCACUUGAAAUUAUGGAUGUGUAUAAUGUUGAUGAUUUAACAAACUUUUUAAAUGAAUCAUCACAAAACGGUUGGAUGAUAUAUGGGGCAGUAUCAAAUGUUGAAAGCAAUAAUAUUUCUAUAAAGAGUGCUAUAUCUAUAGAUGAAUUAAAAAAUCCUUUGUCACAUAAUCCCAUAAUUUUAGCCAUUGGAAGCGAAGGUAUGGGUCUCCGCCCAAAUAUCUUGAAUGCCUGUCAUUAUCAUUUGUAUAUACCUUCAUCACACGCAAAUAAAUUAGAAUACAUUGACUCAUUGAAUGUUAAUGCUGCUACUGCAGUAUUAUUGCAGAGAUUUCUUGGAAACAAAUUCUAA